UAUACAUACAUACAUACACAUACAUACAUACACAUGCAUACAUACACAGGACGGGCCACGACACGAUAAGACGUGUAUACGCGUCGCGCGGCGGCGGUUCUAACACGGCGGAGGAGAACGCCGCGAGGCCCGCGCGCAGAAGGGGCAGUAGGCGAAGAAGUCGGCGACGCGAAGGAGGAGAGAGAGGGAGGGAGAGAGAGAGAGAGAAGAAGCAGAAGAGAAGAAGAGGUGAAGAAGGGAUAGAGGACGGAGGAGAGACACACGCGCGGCGCGUAUAGCGUCGCAGAAGAAGUAGUACCGAGCGAGCGGUCGCGAGUGAUAGUACGUGCCGUGUUUGACUACUCCUGAGGAAGAACUCUCCGACAUCGCCUUCGUCCUCGUUAUUAGCUGAGAGAGAGAGAGAGACUCUACGUUAGUCGCCUCGUGCUAUCGCUAUCGUGCGCGGUGGUCCGUUAUUAGCGUCGAUCGACGGUUUCUCGUCAUAUCGCGGUAAGAUGAACGACAGUGCGGAGCCGCCGCCGCCGUCAUCGUCAGAUGCGGCGGCGGUGACUGCGAGCGAGAUGAACGACGACGACGACGGACCUUCGAAGUCGCGGACUACGUCGAUCGACGACGAGUCAACCAGCGGUCGAACAGCUGCCGCUGCUUCUGCUUUCGCUUCUGCUUCUGCUCCUACUUCUACUUCUGUCCCGGUCCCGCCCGGUGACACCGCGACCGCUGCUAUCACCGCCACGACCACGACGACGACGUCGAUGGCGACGGUCGAGCCCGAGUGUCGCGGUCAGCGGAGUUCGAUAAGGGCCACCGCGUCCCCGGUAAUACGUGCAGCUACCUCCUAUCCGACGACGACGCCGCCGCCACCGCCACCGCCGCCGCUGCCGCUGCCGCUGCUACCGCCGACGCCGCAGCCGCAGCAACCGCCGCUGCCGCCGCCGGGGUGUGGCUGCGUCGCAACCGCGGUCGACAAGGACGAGAUCACCGUGAACAUCACGCCGACCACCGGCGGCCAGUUCGAGCUCACGGUGGACCGUAAUGACACAGUGGAGAAUCUUAAGAAGAUCAUCUCCAAGAGGCUCAAGGUCGUCAAGGAGCGAAUCUGUUUACUGCAUCGUGAGAGGCAGUUGCGCGAAGGAACGCUCGAGGAAAACGGCCUACAACAUGGUAGCCGGCUGACGUUACUGCCGAGCGUGGAAACCGGAUUGCUGGCACAGCGGCCGGAGCAGAGUGUAAUGCAAGCCUUGGAGAGUCUCAAUGACUCACAGGUGAACGACUUCUUAUCCGGCAAGGCCCCGUUGAACCUGACAAUGAGAUUGGGCGACCACAUGAUGUUGAUCCAGCUGCAGCUGUCGACGGUAACGCCGGCUUCGCCAACUGCUAAUCAGGCCGCGAGCUCGCCCGGCAACAGUAACAACAAUAAUCAUCAUCACAGUCACAAUCAGAGUAACGUCAGUGGCUUAUCCAGCAGCAGUGUCAACAGUUCGCAUGUAUCCAGCUUGCCGGCCAGUCAUGUCACCUCGUCAUUGCAGACCAGAAGAUAUCCUGCGCUCACUCGCUCGUCUAGCAGUAACAGCAAUAACAACAACAGCAACAGCAACGGCGGCGUUAAGCUGCAGAACAACAGUAUCUCAUCCAGGACAUCGCAUCUGAUCAGCCUGGCCAAUGCUCUACACGCUGCUGCCAAUUGUGGCACCAGUUUGUCCACCGCCACGGCCACCACCACGACUACCACGACCAGUUCGCCACCGCCGGUAUGCUCCAGUCGAGUGACGACCGCUUCCUCGUCGGCGUCCACGGCACCGCAACCGUCCGUCAGCCAGACGUACUUGUCACCUAGCAACAACAAUAGCAGCAACAACAACAACAACGAUAAUAACAACAACGUUCAGUCGCAGUCCUCUUUGCGCAGCAACGGUCAGAGCAACGUCGCUGUUGUGCCUCCUACCACAAGCAGCUCAGCCAGCGGCAGUGCGUGCAUACCGUGUCCUCUCUAUCAUCAUCAUCAUCACAAUCAUCAUCACCACCAUCACGGCCAUCGCCUUCACCAUCACCACUACCACCACCACCACCACCAUUCGAGGGAUAAGCCCGGCGUCAGAUUCUACUCCUCCUCCUCCUCCUCUUCCUCAUCUUCCUCCGCCACCUCCUCUUCUUCCACUUCUUACACGCCCUCCUCGAGCUCUAACCCGGUUCAGGACCAGCAACAGUCUACCUCCAACAGCCACGGCUGCGUUGACCUGAGCACUUACGACGCAACGCCCAGGAAGAAGCUCUGCACCGGUCUCCAUCAUGGCCAGCAGCAACAACAGCAGCAGCAGCAGCAGCAGCAACAGCAGCAGCAACAAUCCGCUACAACGACCAGUGGUAUCGACGCUACGAGGAGUCACAACACCGUCAUGACGGAUGCUGCCGAGUCGAGAGAUUCGCAGAACUCUAACUGCACGUCGUUGAUGGAGCAGCCAAGCAAACCAGCUACCCUCGACACCCGAGCGCUCGCCGAGGCGUCCCGCAACCUCACGCAGAAACUGAAGCAGCUCUCUUCUGAGGUAUUCACCUCGCGGGUCAACCUCGCAGAGGAAAAUGCAAGACGCAGACAGGGAGCUAUAAUAGAGAGUAUGCACCAUCAUGGCAAAGGUGUGUACUCCGGCACAUUCAGCGGCACUUUGAACCCAGCCCUGCAGGACAGACACGGUCGGCCCAAACGUGACAUCAGCACUAUCAUUCAUAUUUUGAAUGACUUGUUGUGCGCGACGCCAGCUGCAUCCGCAGGUCACUAUAGGCAUCACCAUCAUAGGCAUUCACACGGUCGUCAACAGUCCUCAUCAGUGUCCACGUCUUCUACGGGAACGUCAACGACCGCAAGUGGAUCCACUACGUCGGCCGGUUGCCACGACUCCACCGCACCGGGAUACUCCACUGAGGAGUUGUCGAAGGAGAACGAGGCGACCAAGGGCAAGAUGCGCCGUUUGCGCUUAGUCAUGGAACAACGUCGCGCCAAGAGGAAAGCCAGACGACAGGCGCGAGCCGCGCCAUACACCACCCAGUGGGCGGCGGUGACACCCGCCGACCCGAACCACGAGCCGAACACAUCGACCGCGAGCACCAGCACCACCAGCACCAACAGCGCGGAGCCGCAGAGCGAGCCGGAGCUCCCGCCGUGUAGCCCCGAGCCGGUCGUAGCUUAAACAAUUACGUCACCAGUCAAUUCUUGACGCAGUAAUAUCCUCUAUUGUAGAUACAUAGGGUAAUUCUCUCAUGUUUCUUUUGGUUUUUAUUUUCUCUUCUAUUUUCUGUCUAUCGCACUGAUUUAUUCCAAAAAAAAAAUGCAAGGAUAAGGGUCCUAUACACAUACAUACGCAUACACCACACAUACACACACACACAUACAUACACGCGCGCGCGAACGUAUCACCAUCACGGUUUGUUCCAUGCGAAUUGUUCUUCUGAAUCCACGUGUUCUUCUGAGACUAAAAAUGCCGCGCGACGUCUCCAACAAUCGGUCCAAUCCCGGUGCUUCGUCAUUAUUUCGUGUCUUUCUCUUUCUCUCUUUCUCUGUGCCUCUGUAAACCAUUACUGCGGAUCUGCGGAGUUUCUCUUCAUACGAUGCAAGUGUUUCACUUUCUCUGAUGUUUACCUUCCGGCGUGUCUCGAUGUAAUAAACAUAUACGAGACAGACGGACACUGAAAGAUCCGAGGAGGUGCGGUCUUUUCUGUCUCUUUCCUUGAAAUUCCCCGACUCGAGAUCCGGUUUCUCGUUCGUCGGCGCGAUGCACGGCGAUGUGACGUACGCGUCACGCGCCGAUUCGCCGCCGGUCGUCGUCUGAUCAGCGAGACGCGCGGCUGCUCGAUCUGACCGAACCGCCGUCAAUGACAAGCCGGCGAUUUGCCGCAGCGGACUUAUCCGGCUGCGGACUCUCAGGACUUUUGAUCGUAGCUGACAAUAAUUGCGAAUGAAUCAGUGUGACGCCAACGUAUCUCUCUAUGCACACCGACCACGCAGUGAAAGGGUGGUCGGUGGUGGUGGUGAGUCCUUCAGAGAGCAAGGAGGAGCGGAGGGAUCCUGACCGGGAGCGACUUCUUUUCGCCAGGAUCGAAACUCGCUGACGAACGCGCGUCUGGCGAGCGAGAACAAAAAGAUGCAAGGAAGAGAAGGAAUGGGUUCGAAGAAGAAGAAGAAGAAGAAGAAGAAGAGAAGAGAAGAGAAAAAUGCGCGGGGCGAAGUCGUACAUUGUAACUUCGUCGACCGCUCUGCACGCUCCACACACACACAGCGAUAAAUAAAUAAUUCUCUCGCUAUCGGGCACUUUUUAACCGAUGUCUUAUACGAAUAGAUACGUGUAGAUACCUUAAUCGUGCGCGUCGUACGAAUUGCAAAGUAAGACUGUAAAGACCUCAUAAAAGUAAUGACACGCCACGCGAGAUGGUCUUGCGACUCGCCUUGAUGAUGAAAUUGUGUAGCUUGAACUAAAUAGAAAGAAGCCACGAUGAUCCUCGUGCGUGCGUGCCCACGCGGAACUUGUGCAAGAUUUUUCAGUUCGUUCCUUACGGACCGGUUGAUCUAAAUCAUUGUGAUCUGUCUUUUCUUCUAAGUUAGUGGCAAGUAUACUUUCUGACGUUUUACUUCGCGGCGAGACGUGACAAACGCAAGGUGAUUCGAUUUGUUAAGCCGCGGGUUACGGAAGGAACAGGCCCGAAUAUUUCGAUCAAAAGCAAAAAGGAAAAAAAGGAGCAAACGCGUGAGCAAAAUCGUAAAAGAAAAAAGAUAAAAUAAAAGGGAGAACGGAAGGAAGUAUUUGCAGAGAAAGAUUAUUUACGCAUGUAUUAUUUUUGCAUGUAACUUGUAAGAUAAUGUGAUGCCAGGGCAAAGGCAAACCCGAAGAUAGCACGUAGGAGCGAGUGCGUGCGUAUCGAAAUGGGACGCGAAGCGGAUCAAUCGGCUCGGAAACGGGAUGCUCAUAUCAAGUCUACUUCUUUCUACUAUCCAAGUUUACUUCGCGGAGUGAAGCGUUGCACACGCGAAGUUUCGGCGGUCGCCGAAACCGGGGGUUUCUCGAUGAAUCGUAAGCGCCGGUCAGGUCAUUUUCGGACACUCGACCUUGUUGCCCCUCGGUAGAAGAAAUCAUGCUACAUAUUAUUCUUCGACGAAGGAAACUAUAUAGAGAAGGUGGAGGAGGAGGAGGAGGAGGAGGAGGAGGAAGAAGAAGAAGAAGAGGAAAGCUGGAAAGGGGCAUGUAAGUUUUGUAGCUGAAGUUAGACGAUCGUACUCUCUGCAUGGCAUCGUAUCGUGUACGGCGUCUACGAUCCGUUUAAGUUAACUAGGUACUAAAUAAUACAUACACAUCCACACACACACACACACACACGGUAGAUACACACAUACAUACACCACGUACAUACACACACUAAUAGAGAGAGAAUACACUGCGUUUAGGUUUUAUUUAGGGAAAAAAGAAAAAAAUAUUAUUACCAUUAUUACAUUAUUAUUAUAUAUAAAUAUAUAUAUCGUUAGUACAGCUACAAUUUUUGCAAAACCGGCUCAACAAUGUAAUAUACGACUACCUUUAUCGAACCUUUAUCGAGUACCAAAAUAAAUAAGAUUGCUUGCUAAGCUAAGGGAUAAAAAAUU